UUAGUGUACCUGAGCCAUCGAGAGAGGAGCAAUGGCGUGGAGAGGAAACAUAUCGAAGUCUCUCAAAGAGCUCAGGAUCCUUCUCUGUCAAUCUUCCCCGGCUAGCGCUUCCGCCAGGUUUCUCCUCCACCCUUCCCUUUCGCUCUCGUCUCCGAUCGAAUCAAACUCUGUUAAGAUCGGCGGUUCAAUCUCCGUUGUGCGUGACUUUGAGCUGUUUCGAUUCAGGACGUUCGUGGAGAAGAAUUACAGAGAUUUGAAGUCUCUAAACCCUAAGUUCCCCUUCCUGAUCCGCGAAUGCACUGGGAUCCAGCCUCAGUUGUGGGCACGAUAUGAUAUGGGAGCGGAGAGGUGUGUAAACUUGGAUGGGAUGAGCGAGUCACAGAUUCUCAAGUCUCUUGAAGACCUUGUGAAAGCCGGAGGAGCUACAAAAGCUUAAGGUUAUUUGUUUUUUGUUUUUUUUGUUUUUUUUUUCCAGAUGAUCCCGAAUAAAGCUUUAACCGGAAACACUCAUUUGACAUUUUCAUGUCAAUCUACUAUCUAUUACUUUCGUUUUGAGUUGUUUUUUUUUUUUAAUGAUGUAAUCCUUGAACUUGGUAUACAUCAAACCAUUUCCAUAUGAUGA